CUCGUUUGUCGGCUUGCCGGAUAGCUAGGCUAUGUUUAGCCGUUUAUUAGGGGAGUGUGGCGUUAGCAAGCUGGCUUGUUCUAUUUUUGUUAACGAGCCGGCGCUUUAAAACAAAAAAACAAUUUACCAGAACGAUAUAAUAUUUAUUCCUGCGUAUUACGCGGUAUAGCGGAGUCGCCGUAGUAUCGGGCAUUUCUGUGACAGUUUAAGGUUGUUUUGGGCAAGUUAGCUAUUUGGCUAAAGCGCCAGCCAGGCAGCUGUGUUGUAGUUGUAGCCAUGAUGGCGUCUAGCUACUCAACGAAAGAGGAAGACGGGCAUCAGUCCGGAGCCCCGGGACCCGGCGGCGGCGUUAACGCUAAAAGUAGAAAGCCAGACAACACUGCAUUCAAGCAGCAGCGGCUGCCGGCCUGGCAGCCCAUCCUGACCGCGGGGACGGUGCUGCCUGCCUUCUUCAUCAUCGGGCUCCUAUUCAUCCCCAUCGGCAUUGGCCUCUAUGUAACGUCAAAUAACAUCAAGGAGUACGAGAUCGAUUAUACCGGUGUUGACAUGUCAAGUCCAUGUUUCAACUGCUCUCAGAACUACAGCUGGAACUCUACAAAGCCCUGUAGAUGUUCAGUGUCCUUCUCUCUGGAUCAGCCCUUUGAGAGCAAUGUGUUCAUGUACUACGGACUUUCCAACUACUAUCAGAACCACCGUCGCUACGUGAAGUCGAGGGAUGACAGCCAGCUGAAUGGCAACCUGAAUGCUCUGAAGGAUCCUAGCAAGGAAUGUGAGCCAUACCGCAUGAAUGACGGCCUCCCUAUAGCUCCCUGUGGGGCCAUUGCCAACAGCCUGUUUAAUGAUACUUUGGAGUUGUAUUACAAUGACCCUAAUGGAACGAAGACACUGAUUAAAUUGGUUAAGACGGGCAUCGCUUGGUGGACAGACAAGCAUGUGAAAUUCCGAAACCCAGUGGGAGACGGCUCCAAUCUCUCUGCUGUUUUUCAAGGUACCACAAAGCCUGUCAACUGGCAGAAGUACGUCUAUCAGCUGGAUAGCGACCCCGACAACAACGGCUUCAUCAACGAGGAUCUGAUUGUGUGGAUGCGCACGGCGGCGCUGCCCACCUUCCGCAAGCUCUACCGCAUCAUUGAGAAGCAGGGGGACGCCACCCCUACUCUGCCUCGGGGCAAUUACACCUUAUUGGUCACGUACAAUUACCCCGUGCGCAGCUUCGAGGGCCGCAAGCGUAUGAUCUUGAGCACGAUUUCCUGGAUGGGUGGCAAGAAUCCCUUCCUGGGCAUCGCCUACAUCACCGUGGGCUCGGUCUGCUUCUUCCUGGGUGUGGUGCUUCUCAUCAUUCACCACAAGUAUGGCAGCCGCAGCAACAACGCUGACAUCAGCAGCUAAGCUCGCGGGGGAGAGCAGCGCAGAGACCACAUGGAUCCUCUCCGUGAUGGGAUGUCUUUCCUUUAGAGUUGAAUCUGCCUGAGGAAAGGCAGACGUUGCAAAAAUGGACCUCACAUAUUAGUCUCGGCAAACUGAGCAUCUGCUAUUUAUUAUAGAAUGAAAAAAUAGCCAUUUAUUUGAUAUGUAAUCUUGGUUCAUUUGCAUCUUGAUAAGUUUUAUUUGUGUGACUUGUUUCCGUCAACCUGAGGUGUGGAUUGCCAAUUCGGUAACUUGUGGCAGAUUAUCAGUUCACUUGUCAUGUUGUCAAACUAGAGUACCGCUUGUUACUUUGCAUGUGUUCUGCUGGAUGAAUGUAUGUCAGAUUUUCAUUUACUAACCACUUUUGGUUCCUGCGGGUUUGCCUUUAUUCCACUGUGUGACUGUGUGGUGUGUGUAAAAAAAAAAAAGUGAGAAAUUUCCUAUUGUGAUGAAGAAAGGUUAUGUCAGAAAGUUAUUCAGUACAUAAUACUAGAUCUUAAAGCUAAUGUAUUUUAUUACUGAUAUGAGUUACUCAUACAAGCAAGAGUAAGUUGAUUCUUGAGAUUCGAGUACUGUUUAUAUGAGUUUUUUUUUUGUUUGCCCAAAUGGACCAAAACAAUUGAAAUUCUAUAGCCUUAUUAGUUGCUUUGGAGGAAUACUUACAAAAUAUGGUUUCAUUUUUUUCUCUUACAUGUUUAGGAGAAGUAUUUAUUUUAAAAAAUCAUAUUUUGCACUUUAAAUUCAUUUAAACUUUUGUGGUCUUAUUUUUUGAUAUCCUCUGUGAUUGAAUAUGUUUCAAAACCAAAUUGUUUAAUUUUUAUCAAAUAAAAUGACUGUCAUUGGGUGUCUA